AGGAGGUCAUGCAGUGUUGAAACGUGACACACAAAGUGCAAGAAAUGGGGAGGUAAAAUCUCUUGGAAGUCUCUGUGCCAGUCUUUCAUCAUAAAAUGGUUUCAGAAGGCAUUUUGGUCGUCGUGGACCAAUACAUGGGGUGAAGGAUGUUGAUGGCUAUUCAAUUUCGAGUGAGGGAAAGCAUCCUAGAAAACCUAGUACCUCUGCUUAUGGUUCUAAUGAGAAACAAGUUUGGGUCCAAAAAGCUAGUUCUGGGACCUAGAUUAUUUAGAUUGAUAUUAUCAACCAUGGAUUUACCAACAAUUGACGUAGACCUUGAAGUACCUAAAAAGAUUGAAGAUGAAAAGGAGGGAGAUCCUUUAUUCCAUUGUAGUCUUUGUGAUACAGAAGUAAUUCACAAGUUGGCUCAAAUGUUCCUUCCAGGAUUAGCCUCAGCUUGUGUCGAUAACACAACAGGAGGUCUUUUCAAGACUCCUGGUUCAGUUGCUGUUGAUUUGAGAAGGGAAAUGAUUGAUUAUCUAACCUUGAGAACUAAAUCUUUUGUUGCUGAGUCUAUUAUCUUGGAAAAUGGCGAAGCAUCUGACCAUCCUUUCGACAUCAUUUCUAAUCUCGUUGACGACUUUGCAAGUUCAAAGAGGAAUUUUUUUAGCCGUGUUUCGGUAUGGUUGUUGAGUGAAAAGAGAGAAGAUAAAAUUGAUGAUUUCAUCCAAGAGAUAGACAUGAACGGUUUUUGGACGCUUGAUAGAAGAGAAAUAGUUGCAGAAACUUUGCUAAAAAAUGUUGACUUUCAUAAUUCAUUUCAUUGCACCAUGAGCUUUAGUUCUUCUCAAGACCUUGCCGAUCAUGUUUUUACUUGUAACUUUAGACCUAUGAUUUGCCAAAAUCAAGGAUGCGAUACUAAAUUUUGUGCAAGUCAUUUGGAAAAGCAUGAUUCAGUAUGUCCUUUCAAGAUAAUUUCAUGUGAACAAAAGUGUUCAAAUAACAAUAUUAUGAGACGGGAUAUGGAUAGACAUUGUAUAACCGUUUGUCCGAUGAAGCUGGUAAAUUGUCCUUUUCACGCAGUGGGUUGUCGGUCGGCUGUUGCACAGUGUAUGAUUGAAAAACAUUGUUUGGAUGACUUACGAUCUCAUGUGUGGCACUUGCUUAAAGCUGUCUACAAGGAAGCAUUUGGGGAUGAUCUUCAACGACGAGUCAACCAAAUUGUACAGGUCAAUCACUGUAUGUAUGUUAAGAUUAAUUAAAAACCGUUUUUUUUAUUGCAUAUAGUUCUAAAUGCAAACAUGACAUUUUGG